CUUUGAGGUCACGGAGGCCAGCGAGGCCUUCUCAGGGCAAGAUGUGCGACCGGAAUGGCGGGCGUCGGCUUCGACAGUGGCUCAUUGAACAGAUCGACAGUAACAUGUACCCAGGCCUGAUCUGGGAGAACGAUGAGAAGAGCUUGUUCCGGAUCCCGUGGAAACAUGCUGGAAAGCAAGAUUAUAACCAAGAAGUGGACGCCUCCAUCUUCAAGGCCUGGGCAGUUUUUAAAGGGAAGUUUAAAGAAGGGGACAAAGCUGAACCAGCCACUUGGAAGACGAGGUUACGCUGUGCUUUGAACAAGAGCCCUGAUUUUGAGGAAGUGACAGACCGGUCCCAGCUGGACAUUUCCGAGCCAUACAAAGUGUACCGAAUCGUCCCCGAGGAAGAGCAAAAAUGCAAACUAGGCGUGGUGACUCCUGGCUGCAUGAACGAAGUCAUAGAUAUGGAAUGUGGGCGCUCUGAGGUCGACGAGCUGGUCAAGGAGCCUCCUGUGGAUGAUUACAUGGGGAUCAAAAGGAGCCCCUCCCCGCCUGAGGCCUGUCGGAGUCAGCUCCUUCCAGACUGGUGGGCACAGCAGCCCAGCGCAGGCUUGUCGCUGGUGACGGGGUACACAGCCUACGACACGCACCAUUCAGCCUUCUCCCAGAUGGUGAUCAGCUUCUACUACGGGGGCAAGCUGGUAGGCCAGGCCACCACCACCUGCCCCGAGGGCUGCCGCCUGUCCCUGAGCCAGCCGGGGCUGCCGGGUGCCAAGCUGUACGGGCCUGAGGGCCUGGAGCUGGUGCGCUUCCCGCCGGCCGACACCAUCCCCAGCGAGCGGCAGAGGCAGGUGACGCGGAAGCUGUUCGGGCACCUGGAGCGCGGGGUGCUGCUACACAGCAGCCGGCAGGGUGUGUUCAUCAAGCGGCUGUGCCAGGGCCGCGUGUUCUGCAGCGGCAACGCGGCCGCCGCAUGCAAGGGCAGGCCCAACAAGCUGGAGCGCGACGAGGUGGUCCAGGUCUUCGACACCAGCCAGUUCUUCCGAGAGUUGCAGCAGUUCUAUAACAGCCAGAGCCGGCUUCCAGACAGCCGGGUGGUGUUGUGCUUCGGGGAAGAGUUUCCAGACACAGUCCCCCUGCGCUCCAAGCUCAUCCUCGUGCAGAUUGAGCAACUCUACGUCCGGCAGCUGAUGGAGGAAGCCGGGAAGAGCUGCGGCGCCGGCUCCCUGAUGCAGGUGCCCGAGGAGCCCCCGCCGGACCAGGUCUUCCGGAUGUUUCCGGACAUUUGUGCCUCACACCAGAGACCCUUUUUCAGAGAAAACCAACAGAUCACCGUCUGAGUAGCUCUCUGGGCGCCCCAGCCGGCCCGCGUCUUGCAUUUGGCGAUGACAGUGACUGUCAUGAUUCUCAAAGGCUGUGGGUCCCCGGGCCUGGGGUGGGGCGCCUGCUGUGCCCUUCGUUUAGUGAGGGCCUGCUCUGUGGAGUUGACCUUGACAACGACUCGCGCCAUAGCUCUGCUGGUUACUUGAGCGUUGGAAACUUACACCGAUGAUUUGGAUGCUGUAACGAUAAUCUGUGUUUAAACUUUCUAUUUUCUACCUUUUCCCCCUAGUUAUCAUUAGCUACUAGGGUUCUUUCUGCUUCGGGAUUAAGUGUUCUUUCCAAAGACUUGCCGUUCAGCAGAUAGCUGCUUCGAGUAAAGGAAUUUGGAGCUUAAAUUCAACUCAUGAAAGCAAGGCUGCUUUUGACUUUUUCUUUUGUUAGAGUUAUAGAUUUAUGAUCUCAUAUGCUUGGUUCAGCAUUUUUAAAAAGUUUACAAAUAUUUAGAUACAAGCCUCCUUUUCAUUUUAAUGAACAAAAGCAAAACUUGUGGCUUUUUGAAGACUGUCCACUCUUCCUAGAAUUGGGGCCCAGGACAGCUGUUCAUGUCCCAGUGAACUGGUGUGCUUUGGUCUUCAGGCAGUGACAGGAAGACCAGGAAGGGCUUUGUGGCCAGGAAGCUUAGGGCAAAGUUAUUUUUCACUUCUGUAAUUAAAUCCUUCCAGACACCUCUC